AUGUCUGGUGGAUCAUAUGCACUUCCCACAACCUCAACAGUGACGCCCAGGCCUUCUGAAUUGACACAACAAGGGAUGGUGGAUAGCGGUACAACCUCAAAAAUUCAAAAUAAAUUCACCGGUGGUCAGUCACUUGAUAAUGGACGAACAGCAGCUCUAUAUGGUCUGAAUUCUGUUUCCGAUUGUUCAAGUAUAUCACAGGCUGGUGAAUUGGAUACUGGUAUAUUUGGCGCUGACGUUGAUAACGAUAAGAACAAAGCCUGGUCUGAUGCUGGCCCUGCAGAAAGUCAUUAUAAACCACUAUUCCCAUUUUUCCAUAGUUUCAAUUUCUUUAGGAAGGCAUCUUCAAGAUACAAUCAUGCAAAACGAUCUCGGAGGGAAGCGCCAGAUUCUUUUCGGAUUGUUGGUUGUUGCGGUUCUAAUACUGACAGCAACUCUACUAUGGGUUUUGUCAAUGAUAAACAAAGAGGAGUAGGCAAUUAUAUAAGUAUGUCCUUUUCAAAGAAAUUCAAAAUGGUGACGAAGAGAUUGACCAAAAGAAAAUCUGAAGCAAAAUCCAAGCCAAAGACGUCCGAAUCCCCAUCAUUCAAUGAGGUUGCUACAAAUAAUAUCGCUUCAGUUACACGUUGUAAACCCUCUAAUAAUGAGUUUAGUGCCCUCAAUACAAAUGAUCCAGUGAUGGGCUCAAGUAUUGAAAGAGCUAACACACCGAGGAACAAUAUUUGGAAGCGGCACUACUCUCAUUCUCCUCAAUCGACAUGGACUCCCUCCUCCCCUUCUUCACAAAUGGAAUCAAAUCUUUUUGAUGCGGUAUCAAUAUCCUCAAAUUCUCCAAAUACAACCAUUCGCAACCUGCCUGCUAAAACUAAAAGGACAACGCCAAGAAAUAGUAUGGGGUUGCUAUUGGGAUGCGAUGAAGAGGAUCUGUACAUGAAUGAUCAUUCAAUUGGAAAUAGUGUAGAUCAUAAGGUAGUUAAUAAUACUGAAAUAGAUCGUUAUGCUGAUCCUCUCUUCGGGAUUGGUCGUGAUGAUGAUUUGACGAACGCAUCUCAUAUGGCUAUUCACAGGGAGAACACCUUACAUCAUUCUCGAUUAAUCAAUAACAAUCCCUUGGCUGGGAAUGAAGUUGCCACAAGGUCACUAUUACAACAAGAUAAUCAAAGAUCUUAUUCUCCUUUGAAUGAUCGUGCUGGACGGUUUGUAUCGAGUGAUAACACGGAGGUGGGUAUCACAGGGGCAGAACGCCCAUUAUCCCAAUACACCCAAGGAGAUCAUAUAAAUGGAGAAUUCACUGCUAUCUCUACCGAGUCUAUAGAGCAGAUAAUUCAACAUAUUUUUAAUAUCCCAUCGCAAGGCAUGACAAAUUCGAAUGGUGGAAACCAAAUUUCCUCUAUUUACUUUGAGAUGACUAUCGAUAUCAUAGAUGUUGAUAAUGAUUUCAAUGAAGAUACAAAUAAUGGGAAUAAUUUGUACAGCAAUUUUGAGAACGAGUCAAGCUAUGAAUUCUAA